CAACCGACAAGUAAAUAAAAACAUACAUCACUGAUUGAAUUGCAUCCCGACCAGUUAGCAACCAUGACUGGAUUCACUUUGGCCAUCUUUAAGCCGCAUCUGCUGAAAAAUCCGGUGGCAUACGGUGCGGUGCAGCGACUAAUCGAGUCCAGUGGAAUUCGGAUCGUGACGAGAAAGCAGGUCCAUCUUACGCAACCGGAAGCGGAACAAUUUUAUCAGGACCAUCGCGGGAAGUUUUUCUACGGGAGAUUGAUUUCGUUGAUGACAAGUGGGCCACUUGAGGUGUUGGUGCUAUCGGGCGAUAAUGUGAUAUCGAGAUGGCGAGCGUUGAUGGGUCCGACCAAAGUGUUCAAAGCGGUGUAUUCCAAUCCGGAUUGCAUACGGAGCAUGUAUGGAUUAACCGACACAAGGAAUGCCAGCCAUGGAUCUGAUUCGGUAGCAUCCUUCCUCGCCGAGGCGGCAUUAUUCUUCCCAAAUCUGGAACUGCCUCCGAAACCCGCCACCGAUAAUUGCGAGUCAAACUGCCAUCAACAGCAUCAUCAUCGGCAAAAUUCCAGUUAGAAAGGAUAUGGCCACGGGAGGCGAGGCUCGGUGCGGUGUGGCCCCGAUGAGAGUUCCAUUAGCGUUUCCUUCGAAUUUUAUAGUUUCAGUGUAUUCAGUACCUUAUAGAAUAGGUUGGUAGUGAAGUUUCGAAGAACUCGUGCGAACAGCUUGAAGGUCCAUUAGUUACAAACUGUACGAUCAUUUGUAGCCAUAAAACCUUAUUCGUAUGUAUUCAUCAAGCUCUCGUAUUAGGACCAGUUUAAUGUAAUUCGCAUAGUGUGUAUGUUAAAUAGAUUGAAUUACUGAUUCUACCUAGUUAUCAUAAUAAAAAACAAAGCGUAACACGAUCACAAUUUUCCUGUUAACGGAUGUUUACCUUCUAUGAUAAAAUCAAAUUAAAAUAAACGCAUACAGUAGCACAGGUUGGAAUAUUUUGCGAGAAAAUUAAUCAAACCAUCAUUUUUUAGAAAGGUUAGUUAUGAUUCAAGAUUAUGCUGCAAAUAUACUUUCAGAAGUUCA